AUGCGAGCCUACCAACAAGCAGAAACUCCCGAAGCUACAUCUCAGUAUGGCUAUCAAAAAGCUGCCGCGCAACUCGAUCGUCUACCCACAUUCUCAUACUCCCAAGCUGCUAAGGAAGCAGUGACACGCCACACCGGCCGCGCCAAAGAGAGACGCACAAUCCACAAGGCAGUCUCUUUCUACAAAGAUAGAAAAGAGUAUACGCGCUGCAUAUCCGAGAACAUAAUUGAUCUUGCUCGUUGGGAGGGCGGGACGAGACCGAGGGGGUACCCGGCUGGUUUAGAGUUUCCGGGGAAUACCGUGGCAUGGAGGGAGCAGAAUACCGACUUACGUUGGUUAGACAACAUGUUGAAUAUCGGGACUUGCGCUCUCCAGUCCUUCAAGAACGUCUUUAUCCUCGGUGAGUACGCCGGCGAACUCAUCCCCAUAGAGGUCUCGACCGACAGCAAAUACCUCUUUGACAUCAACGAUGAGGACAACGAAACAAUGGCAUGUGUCGAUUCUGUCAGCUUCGGGGAUUGGACAAAGUACAUUAAUCACUCGUAUAAUGCCAACGCAGUUUUCCAGGUUGUGAGGGUGGGAGAAGAGGCGAGGGUUGUUUGUAAAACUAGAAGACGGGGACGAGAAGGUGAGGAAGUGACUAUCGACUACAGAGAGAACUACUGGAAAUUUUGA